AUGCUCUGCCCGGGCCCACCCGCGACAAUUGUACCGGCCGGCUCCAUGAAAUGGGAUGCGACCCAGCGUAAGAGGGUGGUCUUCAAUUUCACAGCAGCUGAUGCCGUGGUUGCCGCCGCCGAAGCCAACGGUCAGAUGAUGCGCUGCCACACUCCCCUCUGGCACUUAUCAACCCCUAGCUGGGUUACCGAAGGAGGUUUCGACAACGAAACCUUGAUCGACAUCAUGACAGACCACAUCAGGGUCGUGCUUCCCCACUACAGGGGUCGGUGCUACGCUUGGGAUGUGGUUAACGAAGCCGUCUACAACAAUGGAUCGUGGCAUAACAGCGUCUUCUACGAUACCAUAGGGCCCGCUUAUGUCCCCAUCGCAUUCGCUGCGGCCGCCGAGGCCGAUCCGCACGCUAAACUUUAUCUGAACGACUUUGCCAUAGAAGUUCCAGGUCCAAAGGCCGACGCGACUUAUGAAAUUGCGAAGAUGGUCCGGGACUACGGCGUCAAGAUCGACGGCAUCGGUAUCCAGGGACACAUCGAUCUCAGCGGCAUGCCGCUCGACGACCACUAUGAGCUGGGCAGCAGGCCCACCUAUGAUGACCUGGUGGAAGUCAUGACGCAAUAUGCGUCGCUCGGUAUAGAACUGGCCAUCACCGAGCUGGACGUCGCUGUGCUGACCCCGGUGACGGCUGAGAAUGCGACUAUUUACGAGACGCAGGCCGAAGUCUAUUACAACGUUACUGCUGCUUGCCUGACUUUUGAGGAAUGUGUCGGCAUUACCAUCUGGGAUUGGACUGAUCGGUACACCUGGGUGCCGGACGUCUUCCCCGACAUGGGCGACGCGCUGGUGUGGGACAAGGACCUGAAAAAGAAACCGGCAUACGGUGCAUCAUGA